CCGGAGGACCUUCUGCUUGCCGGUCUUCCUCCCAGUACGAAGCCAGCUGAAGUGUGGCUGCUGGGCGGAGCUGCGCAGCUUUAAAGGGGAGGGAGGUCCUGCAGAAAUGAAUUGGAUGGACUCAAACCUGUAGGAGCGAUCGAGUCUUGGACACUGUGAGAGGAUGGUGCAACUCUAUCGCUUUUUGUUGAUCCCCACUCGCCUAACACUUAAAGUCUCCACGGUCUUGUACCGGCUGGGUGUGUUUGGUAUUGCUUGCCUCACUGCAGUCUUCUACUCUUUGAGGGUAUUAUAUUUGGUACUGACGAAGGGGACUAGCCUGAUCUUUAAGAGGAAGCGUGAUGUGCCACCAAGCUGCUUAACUGACACAUCCUGCGGGGAGCACCGAUAUUUGAUACUUGGGAACUCAGGGCUGAGGUUCCACUAUGUUGUAGCUGGCCAGGAAGGGGCACAAUUGAUGCUUUUCUUGCAUGGAUUUCCCCAGAAUUGGUUUGCCUGGCGCCAUCAACUGAAGGAAUUUAGGCAGGCGUUUAAGGUGGUGGCAAUCGAUUUGCGAGGCUAUGGCUUCUCUGAUUCACCAGUUGGCUGUGAGCACUAUCAAAGGGAACCUUUAUUGGAGGAUAUACGAGGGAUCAUCGAGACACUAGGCUCUAAUGAGAAGAAUGUAUUCACUAAGUGCAUCCUGGUAGGACAUGACUGGGGCGCAACCAUUGCUUGGGAGUUUGCUGCCAAUUACCCCAACAUGCUGGAGAAGUUAAUUAUCCUGAAUGGUGUUCAGUCAUAUGUCUUCUUAGAAUAUAUUACACAACACCCCAGGCAGAUACUGCAGUCCAGCUACAUGUUCCUGUUUCAACUUCCCAAAGUGGCAGAGUUUCUGUGGUCCUGUGAUGAUUUUCAUAUACUAAAGAAGAGUAUGACUAGCAAGAAGAGAGGAAUUCAGAAUCCAGCACACCAGCUGACAGAGGAGGAGUUGGAUGCCUAUCUCUAUGGACUCUCCGGUCCUGGAGGUUUAACUCCGCCCAUUAAUUACUACAGGAACAGGCACAGUUGGGUUCCUGCAAAGCGCAAGGAUAUACUGGUGCCCACCUUGCUGAUCUGGGGAGAGAAAGAUGCAUACUUGGAAAAAGGACUUAUCCCAUCUAUACAGCAGUAUGUACGGAAGAGCAUCAAGGUGCAUUGCAUCCCUGAAGCUGGCCACUGGGUUAGCGAGGAUCAACCUGAAAAAGUCAAUCAGCUGAUAUGGGAUUUUCUUCGGGAGAGAGAAUAAGGAUGAAUUAACUGCUCUGUAUACAGAAGUAUCCCAACUUCUCUGCUCAUUUCUGCACCAUAUUGGAGCCCGAAUCCCACGGAACUAAAUGACUUUGCCAUCGGACACUUGUUCUUUAAGGAGGAUUGCUUCAGGAUUUCUGGUAUGGGGC